UGUAGCUUGUUACGAGGAAGUGGCAACAGACUUUGAGUCGACUAGAUCACUUUCGGGUCAUUCGGAAAACCUUUCGUUACCCAGCCUACCUUUACGUUUAUCCAAUUGUUCCCAGCUGCGUAUCAGCGGAACUCAAACGUAACUCAAACUGUAAACACCGCUAACGGUAAAGAUACUUGUUCCGCGCUGUCUUCUUUAAGUAAUAAAAAACGUUCGUUGGCAGAUCGAGCACCUCCACAACAAAUUUUAAAUAGCACAAACUGCGAUCGUCCGAUGAACUGUUGUGAAAAUUGCAAUUAUCUAUCUGGCCAUGAAGAGCCGAUUAAAAAAAAGAAGGUUGUAACAUCGACUCCCAUCCGCAAAGAAACUAUAGAUUUGUCAUUUGCCAGUACAUUGGAUUUUUCUGCAAGCCUCCUAGUGGAUGGAAACAAUUUAGAACUCGAGCCCAAGGACGAUAAAUGUGGUUGCAAUGAACCCAUAGAUUUGUGUAGAAACAAACAGCUCCUGUAACAAUGGAAGAGGCUUACAAUAUACAUUCUGAUGAUGGAAUGAUUGAUGAUGAUAGCGUUGAAGAUGGUGAUACUAUAUUAUUAAACGAUUUUUCUAUUUUUGAAUAUUUUGAGCCAUAUAAGAUUAGUGAUGAUAAAGAAGCAAAUAUUAGUGCUCAUUGCUUGGAUGAUCUAGACAAGGAAGCGAUUGUACUUAAGACCCGCACUGGCAAUCCUAAAGUGACGAACAGGGACAGAAAGGGAAAGGGAAUGGAAUACACCCGCAAAGAUGGUACUGUUGUACCAGAAAGACGCAUACGACCGGCUUGUAGAUGUCGACUGAAAUGCAGCGAAAAAUAUAAUGUCGAAACCCGUAACCUUCUUUUAAAACAUUUACUUCGAUUAAAACUCUCUGGACAGAACCAAUUUUUGGCGAACCACAUAACGGUUACUGAAACAAAGAGACCCAAGAUCAUCAACUCUCGGCGCAGAUACAGCCGUACUUAUUCGUUGCCAGCAGUUAAUGGAACCGUCAAAGUUUGCAAAUAUAUGUUCGGUGCAACGUUUGAUAUUGGCGAUCAAAAAAUACGUGGUCUGGCACGUAAAACUUCCUGUCAAAUGAUUGCAAGCGAUGACCAACGAGUGAACAACCGAAACAGAACUCCGAUUGAUGAGGACCAUGUUAACUUUAUCAAAAACCACAUUCGCUCUUUUUCAGCUUAUUCAAUUCAUUAUUCUCGUGAUUGCUCCAAUCGGCUAUAUCUUUCUAAUGACCUAAACGUUCAAAUCAUGUACGAGAUGUAUGUGGGAAAGUGUGCGGAUUUUUGCCUAAAUACUGUUUCUUAUAACACAUCGCUUGAUAUUCAAAACGAUGAAUUUAGGGUUUAGGACUCCUAAAGUCGACACCUGUGGAGAAUGUUAUCGUCUAACGAUGCUUAUAAAAACAGCAAGUAACGAACAGGAAAAAAGUAACGCAAGAAAAAUA